CCAGUGGUCUUUCCACUGCUGCCUUAUAUGUACACCAUAGCAUACUACCAGCACAGAUAUCCCACCCAGGACCACCCUUCCCUCCCUAGGGAACUUGCACACUGCACCCUCCUCCCCAGACACUCCCUAGAUCUCUCCACUCCCCACUCUGACACCGUGGUGACCUAUAUUGCUCCACCUGUCUGUCUAGCCUUAUCUCUGGUCAGGCAGGUGGAGAGGUGGCAGGAGCGUUGAACACUUCCACCAAUGACCUGAAAUCCCCUCUCCUACCACUAGAAGAUCCUGGUUUAGAAGGGCAAGAGGAUGAGAUGAGGGAAGGCUGUCCAAGUACCCAUGGGGCAGAGUGGGUCGAAUUAUCAGACGAGUGCAGCUGGGUGGCUAUCAGUUUAUCCAUGUAGUGGAUUGGGAGCCCUAGGGGGACAAAGGAACCUCCCCCCUUCCAAAACCCAUUCUUCAUCCUUCACCUUGCCCUUCUCAGCAAGUUUGUCUGGAUCAGUCCCCACAAGAAUUCCAUCCAAAAGGCUCCUUGGCUCCUCUAACUCCUCUGCACCCAAGCCGCAAAAAGAGGAAAAGAUCCUCUUGUGGGGCUCCUGGACAACUGAGACUGAAUUGAAGUCAACUGGCGGGGUAGUUUGUUUUGUUUUACAGAUUUCAUUUUUCCACCCCCACUAGCUCACGGAGACUGGGGGGAGGAGAGGGAAGAGAGGGGAACGAUGACCCACAGUCCACUACACUCCUUGUUUUCUGCUGUGGGAUCCUCCAGCUCCCCCUCAGAGCCCCAGAGAGCAGCACCAGAGGCUGAGGAUGGAAACAUUGAGUACAAGUUGAAGCUGGUGAACCCAUCCCAAUACCGCUUUGAGCACCUGGUGACACAGAUGAAGUGGCGGCUUCAGGAAGGCCGGGGCGAGGCUGUCUAUCAGAUUGGGGUGGAGGACAAUGGGCUAUUAGUAGGGCUGGCUGAUGAGGAGAUGCGGGCAUCCCUCAAGACCCUGCACCGGAUGGCUGAGAAGGUGGGGGCAGACAUCACAGUUCUCCGGGAACGAGAGGUGGAUUACGAUAGCGAUGUUCCUCGAAAGAUCACUGAGGUGUUGGUGCGCAAGGUCCCUGACAACCAGCAGUUCUUGGACCUUCGUGUGGCUGUUCUGGGCAAUGUGGACUCUGGGAAAUCAACUCUCCUGGGGGUGCUGACCCAGGGGGAGCUGGACAAUGGGCGUGGCAGGGCCCGGCUCAAUCUUUUCCGUCACCUGCAUGAGAUCCAAUCUGGUCGUACUUCCAGCAUCAGCUUUGAGAUCCUUGGCUUUAACAGCAGGGGAGAGGUGGUGAACUACAGCGACUCCAGGACAGCAGAGCAGAUCUGUGAGAGCAGCUCCAAGAUGAUCACCUUCAUUGACCUGGCAGGACACCACAAAUACCUACGCACUACCAUCUUUGGCCUGACCUCCUACUGUCCUGACUGUGCCCUGCUUCUAGUCAGUGCAAAUACUGGCAUUGCGGGUACCACGCGGGAGCAUUUGGGGCUAGCCCUAGCCCUGAAAGUGCCGUUCUUCAUUGUCGUCAGCAAAGUGGACCUAUGUUCAAAGGCCACAGUGGAAAGGACAGUGCGCCAGCUGGAAAGGGUCCUUAAGCAGCCUGGCUGCCACAAACUUCCCCUGUUGGUCACUUCUGAUGAUGAUGCUGUCACUGCUGCCCAACAGUUUGCCCAGUCUCCCAAUGUCACCCCCAUCUUCACAUUGUCUAGUGUGUCUGGGGAAAGCCUGGACCUGCUCAAAGUCUUUCUCAACAUCUUGCCACCACUCACCAAUAGCAAAGAACAGGAAGAGCUCAUGCAGCAGCUGACUGAGUUCCAGGUGGAUGAAAUCUACACGGUGCCAGAGGUGGGGACUGUUGUUGGAGGGACACUUUCCAGUGGGAUCUGCCGUGAGGGGGACCAGCUGGUGGUAGGUCCCACCGAUGAUGGACGCUUCCUGGAGCUGAAGGUGUGCAGCAUCCAGCGCAAUCGUUCCGCCUGCCGAGUACUUCGAGCAGGCCAGGCAGCUACCCUAGCCCUUGGCGACUUUGACCGUGCUCUUCUUCGAAAGGGCAUGGUGAUGGUGAGCCCUGAGAUGAACCCCACUAUCUGCUCAGUGUUUGAGGCAGAGAUUGUCCUACUGUUCCAUGCCACCACCUUCCGGCGUGGCUUCCAGGUGACUGUGCACGUGGGCAAUGUGCGUCAGACAGCUGUAGUGGAGAAGAUCCAUGCCAAGGACAAGCUGCGGACCGGGGAGAAGGCAGUAGUGCGCUUCCGCUUCCUGAAACACCCAGAGUACCUGAAGGUGGGUGCCAAGCUGCUGUUCCGAGAGGGUGUCACCAAAGGCAUCGGCCAUGUCACCGACGUGCAAGCUAUUGCAGCAGGAGAGGCCCAGGCCAGGUUGGGCUUCUGAACUACCCCAGGCAAGGGGCAUCUUCUUUGCUGUCCCUACAAUAUACAAGGUGACUUCAGACCACGCUGCUCCCAGUGGCAGCUCUGUGUGUUAAUAGCCUGGGGGAGGGGGCAUUUCCUGCCAGUUGCUUCUCCUAGCACCUCUGGAGUGGUGCCCAACUUGGUGUGGCUAGGAGAAGGAGAGUCCUGUGAGAGAAGACAGGAAAACUCAGGGUAUUGGCUUAGGGCUGUGCUCCAGGCCUGGCUCUUCCAACUCGGCCAGACCGUGGCUCUUCUGCUGGGGCCUUGGAAAAGGCCACUUUGGCCACUUUCAGCCAUACCUUUUCAGUGAUUUUGGACUGGGUCUAAUCUCCCAGUAUGAUCUGGGCUUCUUGGAAACAGUUGCAGCUUGGGGUGAUUCUCAGGAGGGAGCCCAUUUUCUAGUCCUCAGGGCUAUAUAAAGUUUCCAACAGAGGCCAGUUCCAUCUGACUGUGGACAAAAGACAUGUCACCAUGUCUGCCUGGAGCCCAAGGUCCAAAAGGGUAAGGAGUGACAUGUGGACAGUGAAUUUUACUGCUCACAUUUUGUGCCAGGGCCUAAUGGUCCGUCCCCAACUUCCUCUUAUUCCCUGUUUUAGGGACCUCCGUCACUCCAUCCUCAUCCCUAACAAGCCCCACAGGUGCUAUUAUUUAUCAGGCUGGUCCAGGGCUUGACAUACUAAGGGUCAGCUGCAUGUCAGUCAUGGUCUUGUCCACCCUCUCCCUCUGCAGUUUUUUGUUUUUUUGUUAUGGAUCGGACAUGUUUUGCUUUAUAAAAA